CUUAAAGAACUUACGUGACCUAGACUACAGCUGAUGAUAGUAAACAAUGCAUUCAUUUAAUUAUUCAAUGAACACAGAUUUGUCUCAUAAAUGACUUGAAAGAGAGAGAUGUGGGUAUUCGGAUAUGGAUCUCUUAUUUGGAAAGUUGAUUUUCCAAUUCACAGACAAGUUGUGGGGUAUAUAAAAGGCUACCAUCGUAAAUUCUGGCAAGGGAGCACGGAUCAUAGAGGAGUGCCAGGGAAGCCAGGUCGUGUAGUAACCUUAGUUAAAUCGACAGAUCCAGAGGAACAAGUAUGGGGAGUGGCAUAUCAAAUUGCACCAGAGAAUGCCGAGUCUGUGAGAGCUCAUCUAGACCACAGGGAAAAGGGAGGCUAUUCCUGUGUGACAGAGUUAUUUCACCCUGAUGAAGAUACAGUGGAGCCAUUCCAAGUGACAAUAUACAUGGCCACCGAGACCAAUACUAAUUACCUUGGCCCAGCACCUGUCAAAGACAUAGCCAAUCAAAUCGUGAAUUCUGUGGGACCCAGUGGCAAGAAUACAGAGUACCUCUUGAAUCUUGCCGAGGCUGUUCGCAAAAUUUCUCCCCACGUUCAAGACCCUCAUCUAUUUGAAUUGGAAGCCGAAGUUUUAAAACUUUGUGAAGAUUUUUUGAUUUGAUGAUAUAAGCUCUUGUGUGUUUCAGAGGAUGAAAUCUCACAUUUGUUUUGAAUAGAUCUCAUUGUAUGAUGUUAAGGUGAAACACAUGUUAUGAUUACAUGUAUAAAGAAUUUUUAAAAAUAUUGAUUUUGAAAUAUCA